AGAUAGUGGGUGAUCGAGUGAAGAAGACUGGACCGUCUGUCGUAGGGAAGAAAGCUAUGGGGCGUAUCGAGCUCAGCGUGAAUGAGGUGGAGUAAUCGGCGGAGGAUAGUAGAUUGAGGUUGUCCGUUGCGUAAUCUGCGAUUGACUUAUGAGCUGUCUUGAUCGUGCGCCAUCUCGGAGGCUCCCAUCGUUGAGGUCAUGCGCAUCGAACAACGGAGGUGACUUUAAUAUGAAAAGAAUAUCUGUCUGCUACUCACCAUCGUCACCUUACCAUCUACGGUUAUGUAUCCUUCCUUCGUUCCGGCACCUCUACGGCCACUGCCACCACGACUCUUUCACGGUCGACGACCGCGCGCCGCUACAGCAUCGCCUUUUCCCUCGACUCGCCGCGGUACUCCCGCAACCAUCACCUCGUAUUCCUUCCAUCACUAACGAUGCCACGCCGCUGGAGAACAAACGCUUCCCGGUUUUCAAUCAAUUCUUGACCGACCCUUCGCUCGCUCUCACCUUACGAUCCCUGCAUCAACUGCGACAAUCAAGAAGCUGGAGAGAUGAGAUCACGCGUUUCGUUGCCGACGUUCAAUCUCGUUUCGGCGUGAGUCAACACAGCGCGCCUGCGACUUCUCCACCACGAAUGGGCAUUGUAGCUGAAGAUGUCGUGCGGAAGUCAUGAAGCGACGGGACUGAUGCAAGACUUGUGAAUUGAUGCUGCCAACGCAUCCGGUCUCGCA